UCAGAAUUGAGCAAUUAUAUAUAAGAUACCACAUCUUCUUGUCCCAAGUUCGAAUCAUAUUAGUUUUUUUUUUUUUUUUUUUUUUUUUUUUUUUUUUUUUUUUUUAAAUUUUUUUGCACAGAAAAAUAUAACACAUGUGUUUUUUUCAUAUAUGAGCUAAGAAAGAAAACAAUUUGACUAAAUAUUUUCCAUAUCAAAUUGAUUAACUACCUUAUAAUUACAUAUUACAUGUGUUUCAAUUUGAAAUCUACACAGCAUUAUUAUCCUUGUCUAGAGACAAUGGCUUUAAAAUAUUUCAUACAUAAUCAAUGCUAACAAAUCAACAAAUUAAUUAUAUAAAAAGAUCUCUUUCCUUUUUCUUAUGAUAAUCAAAAUAUUUUCCUAAUUAUAACUAUUAAACCCAAACUUAUCCUAGUAGCAAACCAUGCAGUUAACCUAAAAAAUUAUCUUUGAUGAUACAUUUGAAUAUCUUCAUCCAGCUAUCAUAAUGCAUUUUCUACUUUAAUGACACAAAUAAUGUGGUAUAUAAUUGUAAUUAUAAUCAUAAUCUUGUCAUAAAUUAGUUUCCCUUGUCAAAAAUGUGUAUAUAAACCCCUUACUUAUUUAGGAGAAAACACACACACACACACACAAAAAAAAAAAACCCCAUUUCUUCUUGUUUUUUCUCCUCUCUAAUACAAUGACAAGGAAGAAGGUCAAGCUAGCCUUCAUCGCCAAUGACUCGGCCCGAAAGGCAACCUACAAGAAGAGAAAGCGAGGCCUAUUGAAGAAGAUGGACGAGCUGACAACCCUAUGUGAUGUCAAGGCUUGUGCCAUCCUCUAUAGCCCGUACGAGGUCCGACCAGUGGUGUGGCCUACACCAUCCGGGGCCAAAGACGUGAUUGCGAGCUUCAAGAGGCUGCCGGAGAUGGAGAAGGUGAAGAAGAUGGUGAGCCAAGAGGAGUUUUUAAGGCAAAGGGUGGCUAAGGCACAUGAGCAACUUAAGAAGCAACAAAAGGAUAAUAAAGAAAAAGACAUGACUCAAGUUAUGUACCAAUGUUUGACUGGUAAGAGCAUACAAAAUAUGAGUUUAUUAGACUUAAGUGAUCUUAGUUGGGUGAUUAAUCAACAUUUAGGUGAUAUUAACAAGAGGGUUGAUGUUUUUUAAAAAGAAAAUCUCCGCCCUAAUAAAAACAAUAAUAACAAUAGCAAUAAUGUUAAUACUCACUUGGGGGUAGGCUUACCACCAUAUCAGCAUACGAUGCACCCUAAAACAAAAACAAAAAUGGAGGGCGAGUGUUCACAAGGACAAGGAGAUGAUCUCGAUAUGCAACAAUGGUCAUCAUUCAUGGAUAUGAUGGGUCCGCCAAUGACAUUUGAUCAUCAACCUCCUCCUCCACUUCCUCAACAUCAUAAUCAUCAUGGUAUGUCAAUGGGUAAUGGGUUAUGUGGUGUAACAAAUGGUGGUGCUAGUACUAGUAGUAAUACUAGUAAUAACAUUAAUAAUGCAAAUAUGAUGACAAUGAUGAUGGGUCAAUUUGGUGAAUACAAUGGGCAUGCUAUUGAUAAUCCAUCUUUGUGGUCCAAUAAUAAUGCUUUCCUCCCUUGAUGAUGAUAGUGAUGGUGCUGAUGAUGAUGAUGAUGGUCAUAAUGAUGAAAUGGCUAUGAUAUUAUGGAAGUAUGGACAUGAUAUGUUGAAGGUGUUGAAUGUUUAUUUCUAGAUUAUCUUAUUUUAGUAUUGCAAAUUUUAUGUUUUGUUAGAUGAACACAGAUUUUAUCAGCUUUUAGUUUUGGUUGUGAAAUAGAAGAUUGUUUAAAGUGAUAUGUUAUUGGAAUAAUUAAUCUUAAUUUGAGUAUCCUUUCUACUACUAGUAUGUAUUCAAAUUAAAGU